AUGUCUCCACCCUCUUCACUUCUUCGCUUCUUCACCGUUCCUUUCACCCUGUUUCCACCCUCUUCACUUCUUCGCUUCUUCACCGUUCGUUUCACCGUUCCUUCUUCACUUUGGUGGGAUGACAAGGGCACAUUCCUGGCCGGUGACACAGCAACCAUCAAAGUCAAAGUGCUUGAGAACGCUGAUAAGAUUGACAGGAAAACUUUCAACCCCACACUAACCGUGAAUGGAAAGGAAGGGAACAGUUCCUACGUGUCUACCGUGUUGUCAGAUUUCAAAGGAGACCCGAAUGAGUGGAAGAUUUCCUUCACCCCCAUCAGGGUUGGAUUGUUUAAUGUACUCAUCAGCGAGGAUCGUUAUAAAGUUGAUGAUUCUUCUUUGCAUUUCCAAGUUGAGCCAGGGAACAUGUACCCAUCUCUAUGUGUUGCAUCAUGGAAGGGUGUGAGACAUGAAUUUGAAGCUGGUUCAAAAGCAACAAUCAUGGUACUCCUUAAAGAUGCAUUUGGGAACAGUAUCUCUCAGACGUCUGAAGUGUCUUAUUUGCCUGAUUUUAAGUUGUAUGUGCUGCAUGAAAAUGGUUCUGUUGCAAGUGCUCCAGAUAUCUCUAACAUAGGGUGGAAUGAGUUUGAUUAUGUAGUCAUUGAGUUUGUUGUGACGAUAGCGGGAAAGUUCUUCUUGAGCUUAGAAGGAGGAAAUCAAACCUUGAAUGGUUCUCCAUUGCCAUUGAAGGUUAAUCCAGGAACUAUAGAUGUCUCUAACUGUAUCGCCAAAUGGAACAUUGAAUCACAUGCAUGGCAAUUGGCUUCCAAGAUGGAAAUAUUUAUACAUCAGUUAGAUCAAUAUGGAAAUCUGGUUUCUGGACUGUAUCCUUUUGAUUCUGAAGUUGUUGAAAGAGAUACAAACUUGUCAAUACCGAUAUCAGAUCUUCACUUUGAGGAAGUGGAUGCUGGAAUUCAGUUGUUUUCGUUUAGCAAUUUGGAGCCAGGGAACUUCCUGCUGACCAUAUAUGAUUCCAAGCAUGAUAAAAGCAUUUCCAAUAUGCCAUAUGUUUAUACUGUUUUUAUUGGUUAUUGUGAUGGUGUUAAAAGUGUUGUUAAUGGAUCUGGUUUAAAUGAUUCAGUAGCUGGUGUAAAGGCAGAAUUCUCUGUUUAUUUGAAUGACAUCUAUCAAUAUCCUUCCCCUAUUGAAGCAAACAUACUUCAAGUACAAAUUUUAAGAGAAAAUGACUCCUACAGCGCUUCACCAAUCAUAUAUCCUAUGCUAAACAAUAAUGGUACUUUCGAAGAUAAACUUCUUAUCUCACCAUGGUUUCAGCCUAAUGGGAGCGGGAGCUUUGUCAUGGCCAGUGCUUUUCAUGUGAAAUACAUACCAGAAAAAAGUGGCUUUUAUGAUAUUAACAUACAUUGUGGGAACGUAUUAUUGAAUGAGGGACAUUCAUUCAGGAAAGAGGUAAAAGCAGGUGAAGUAAAUGUUUCCCUGUCAAGUGUUGUGAGGUUUUCUUCAAAGGUGCCAAAGCUGUCGAAAAAUGAAAUAGUUGUGCAGCUUGUGGAUUCAUAUUUAAAUCCUGUCCUCUCACAACAAUCAAGGUUGAAAUUGGAGAUUGCUGCUUCUACCAAUAGUUCAGGCUUUUUAACUUUGGACAUUAAGGAUAAUAAGGAUGGAUCAUACAGCUGCAGCUAUAUGGCCAAAGAUGUUGGCACUUACGAGAUUUGUGCUUCCUUUGAUGGCAAGCGUUUCUUGUCAUGUCCCUUCAGUAUCAAUGUGUAUAGCUGUGAAUAUUUUCCUAAGGCUAACAAUGAUACAAUAUCUAUUUGGGAGGAUCAGUCCAUUGCCCUUGAUGCCUUAGCAAAUGAUUAUUUUGCGGGUGAUAAAGCAAGUAUAGUUGAAUUCUCAAAACCAGAUCAUGGUUCACUUAUGCAGAAUGGAAGGAUCUUUCGUUACACUCCUUAUAAAGGGUAUUAUGGAAACGAUUCCUUUUGGUAUACAAUUUCUGAUAUAAAUGGAAAUCUUGCUACUGCUUUCAUGUACAUAUCUGUUCUCAAUGUUCCACCUCAGUUUGUUUCUGUUCCAAAUCAACUGCAAGCAACAGAAGAUUUGAUAAGCCCUAGAUUUGGUGGUUUCACCGGGUUUGAGUUAACUUAUUCAAAUCCAAAGGAGAAUAUUUCUGUCAAUCUUAGUGCACAAUCUGGAAGUAUACUUCUGUCUCCAGUGGCAAUGCAAUUUGGGCAAGUAAUGUGGAGCAAACUUACAUUUUAUUCAGGAAAUGAAACAACAACCAGUUUAAUAAUAGAAGGCUCUGUGGAAGUAAUUAAUUUUGCGCUUCAGUCAAUUCAAUAUCUUGGAAAUGAAAAUUUUUAUGGUGGAGAUACCAUUCAAGUCUCUGCCAGGAAUAAGAAUGGGGUGAAUUCAUUAGGUGUUCCAAUAUUUGUUGAUCCUAUUAAUGACCCUCCAUUUAUUAGAGUCCCAUACUUCAUCAUAUUGAAGAGUAAUGAAGAUGAGACCCUUAUCUUUGACCAAGAGAAAGACAAGUUUGACUUUUUCAUUGGAGAUCCCGACCUUCUUACCUUCCCUGGUGGUCAGGCUCAUUUUUUUGUGACGUUCUCUAUGGAAGUAAAUGAUGGAUUCUUAGUAACAAACCUACCAGUUCAUUUGAUCAACACAACUGAAUUGAAGCACAGAUAUAAUUAUCAGUGGCAGCCUCUUCAGACAUAUGUUACUAUCUCAAAGCACUUUAUUGUCAAAGCUCAUGGAAUCAGAUUUCUGGGCACAGUCAAUGACUGCAAUAGUGUUAUGCAGCAACUAUUCUAUCAUGGAGGUGAGCGUGGAGCUGUGUUAACAUUGACACUAAAUGACAUGGGGAACUAUGGAUGUUAUCCAGAUUGUGCAGAGGGAAUGUCAAUGCCAUUAUACACUGAAGCUAUAGUUAAUUUGAUGAGAAAACAGCCAAUGAGUUCAUUUCUUGCUCACACCUUAGGAUCAAUCAUUGUCAUUGAAUUUGUCAUCAUGUCCUCUCUUGGAGUGCUUCUUCUGUACUUCACCUGUAAAUGUGCAAUUCUUCUUGCACAGGAAAGAAGAAACCGCGAAAAAAGGUCUUCAGAGCUAUCUACUUCACAAAGUUCCCACAGAGAAACUGUAAGUGUACAAAUAUAGCAGAUGAAUUACAAUUUGCACAUAGCAACAUGACAAUGAUUUUGUUAAUUGUUUUUUCUGCUCUAAGGAAAUUGUUAAAAAGAUCAAUUCAAUUGUAUUGGCACAGAUACAUCUUACAUAACAAGGGUGUGUUUGGAAACACGUUGAAUGGAAGAAUUGCGUGUUCCAAUGCAAA